GAGGCCCCGGCGCAGGGCGGAAAGAGGAGGCGGCGGUGGUGGUGGGGGGGGUCAUGGCGUGGUCCCGGUACCAGCUGGGCCUGGCCGCCCUCAUGCUGCUCACAGGCUCCAUCAACACCCUGGCGGCCAAGUGGGCUGAUAACUUCAGCGCAGCUGGAUGCAGUGGGACACAGGAGCAUGGCUUCCAGCACCCCUUCCUGCAGGCUGUGGGCAUGUUCCUGGGGGAAUUUUCCUGCCUGGGAGUGUUUUACCUGCUGGUGUGGAGGGAUCGGCGCAGACCAGAGCCCAGCAUGGCCCCGUCACAGCCCUUCAACCCUCUGCUUUUCCUGCCUCCCGCCCUCUGUGAUAUGACUGGGACCAGUAUCAUGUACGUGGCCUUGAACAUGACCAGCGCUUCCAGCUUCCAGAUGCUGCGAGGAUCCGUCAUCAUCUUCACUGGGCUCCUCUCCGUUGCCUUCCUAGGCCGCAAACUGGAGCUGAGCCAGUGGCUGGGCAUCCUGGUCACCAUCGUGGGACUGGUGGUGGUGGGGCUGGCUGACCUACACAGCUCCCACGACCAGAAACACAAGCUCAGCGAGGUGAUAACUGGUGACCUGCUCAUCGUCAUGGCACAGGUGAUCGUCGCCAUCCAGAUGGUGCUGGAGGAGAAGUUUGUCUACAAACAUGACGUUCACCCGCUGCGGGCUGUUGGCACCGAAGGUUUCUUCGGCUUCCUCAUCCUGGCCCUGCUGCUAGUGCCUAUGUACUACAUCCCAGCGGGCAGCUUCAGCGGGAACCCUCGGCAGGCACUGGAAGAUCCCCUUGAUGCCUUCUGCCAGAUCGGUCAUCGACCCCUCAUUGCCUUGGCCCUGCUGGGGAACAUCAGCAGCAUUGCCUUCUUCAACUUCGCUGGCAUCAGUGUCACCAAGGAGAUCAGUGCCACCACCCGCAUGGUGCUGGACAGCCUCCGCACCCUUGUUAUCUGGGCUGUCAGCCUGGCGCUAGGCUGGGAGACCUUCCAUGGCUUGGAGAUCCUGGGAUUUGGAGUGCUGCUGGUGGGUGCUGCUCUCUAUAACGGCCUCCACCAGCCCCUGCUUGCCUGCCUGUCCUGGCGCGCAGAGGAAGCCGAACGGGAGGGUUUGCUCAACGGGGAGAGCACGGCCAUCAACAGCGAGAGCUGAACGGAGCCCCUUGAGACCACCUUGGCCAUGGGGUUUAUAUCCCUGGAUGAUCUCUCCUCCUUGGGAUGGGAUUGGAGUGGUGGUGGUGAUGCUGGACUGCUCUUUGCCAGAGAAACCUCUCCCCUAUCUCGCUGCACAGGCUUCGGCGAGGCUUCCCUGUGGGAAGCAGACCCUCAGCCAGCAUUCCAAGUGAGAUGGAACCCUCUACCCAUAUUCCCAAGGGCUUCCAGGAGGUGGGGGGGCUGGUUUGGGGCUGGCCCCGCUGCUCCCCACC